GCGCAAGUUUACUGCGAUCACGUGUGAUCAUUGAAUGGAUAAUAAAGAUUUAUUUAAGAAUAUAAUGCCCAUAACGAGAAACCUAUUGGCACACUACAGUCGAUAUUUUGAAAAUGAAUAAUAAAAAAAUGGCACGCGUUCUUUCAAUACAAAGUCAUGUUGUAUCUGGCUAUGUUGGUAAUAAAAGUGCAACAUUUCCAUUACAGCUGCUCGGAUUUGAAGUUGAUGCUAUUAAUUCCGUCCAACUAUCAAACCACACGGGUUAUAAAGUUUUCAAAGGACAAGUACUUAAUGAUCAUGAUUUAGAUGUAUUAAUAGAUGGCUUAAUGGAAAAUGAUCUCACUGAAUAUACUCACCUACUCACUGGUUAUGUGGGAUCUUCUUCUUUCUUAAAAAAAAUUAUUCAGGUUGUAAAGGCCCUUAAAGUGAAAAAUCCAGAUCUUAUUUACGUUUGCGAUCCAGUAAUGGGAGACGAUGGAAAAAUGUAUGUACCGGAAGAAUUGAAAGACAUUUACAAAAAUGAUAUUCUACCAUUGGCGGACAUUAUAACACCCAAUCAAUUUGAAUUAGAACUUCUAACUGGGCUUACUGUAAAAUCAAUGUCUGAUUUAAAAACGGCAAUAGAAUAUCUUCACGGGAAAGGACCAAAAACCGUUGCAAUUUCAUCAUCAUUUAUCGACAAUAAAUUGAUUUCAGUUACUAGUUCAAGCAAAGACAAUACGAUAAUAAAAAUUGUCAUACCAAAAAUUCCUGCUAUCUACACGGGAUCUGGUGAUCUUUUUGCCGCUUUACUAUUGGCGCAUACAUUUUUGGAGAAGGGACUAAAAAUUGCCCUCGAAAAAACAAUAAAUACUCUUUUUGAAGUUCUUCAAAAGACCUAUGAACAUUCCUUAACAUUAAAGGACGAAAAAAUGCAACAGUCAAGAAAAAUAGAAUUACAAUUAAUUCAAAGUAAAAAAUGCAUUGAAAAUCCAAACAUUCAACUUCGAGCUGAAAAAUUUUAAAUCAAAAUAUAAUAAUAAAAAGAAAAUAAUAAAAAAAUAUAAAAAAA